GACACUCGUGCAACUUUACAUCGGCUUCUCAAAACGAUCAAAGAAUGGCCUCUGUGGCACCACCACCACUCCCAUUCUCAUAUCAUCACCAUCCCCUGCUUCCCAAACCAAACCCCAAACACUCCAUUUUCACACCAAAAUCUUCACUUUCUUUCUCUCCCGCUCAAACCAAAACCAACUCACUCCAAGACCUCAACCACCUCUGCAACUCCGGCAACCUCUCCGCCGCCCUCACCCUCCUCCAAACCAAUGCCUUCCCCACCUCACAGCACCUCAAAGACGCCAUCGGCGCCCUCCUCCAGGCCUGUGGCCGCCACAAGGACAUCGAAACCGGCCGCAAGCUCCACCACCUCGUCUCCCAAUCCACCCACUUCACCCACGACUUUGUCCUCAACACCCGCAUCAUCACCAUGUACUCAAUGUGCAACUCUCCUUCCGAUUCCCGCCUCGUUUUCGAAGGGUUACAGAGAAAGAACCUGUUCCAGUGGAAUGCUCUGGUUAGUGGGUACUCAAGAAACGAGCUUUAUGAGGAAGCAAUUGAUACCUUCAUUAAGUUGAUAAGCGCCGCGGAGUUUAAACCCGAUAAUUUCACAAUGCCUUGUGUGAUUAAGGCCUGUGGUGGGCUUUUGGAUGUGGGUUUGGGGCAGGGGGUUCAUGGGAUGGUUGUGAAGAUGGGGCUGGUUUCGGAUGUGUUUGUGGGGAAUGCAUUGAUUGCGGUGUAUGGGAGAUUUGGGAUUGUUGGAGAUUCAGUUAAGGUGUUUGAGAAAAUGAGUGCGAGGAACUUGGUGUCUUGGAAUUCGAUGAUUGGGGGGUUUUCGGAGAAUGGGAUGUGUGAAGAGAGUUGUAGGUUGUUGGUGAGGCUUUUGGAGGCUGAGGAAGGGUUUGUUCCGGAUGAGGCGACGUUGGUGACUGUAUUACCUGUUUGUGCUGGGAAAGGGGAUGUUAGAAUGGGGAUGGAGAUUCAUGGUUUGGCGGUGAAGUUGGGGCUGGAUAAGGAGUUGAUGUUGAGUAAUGCCUUGAUGGACAUGUAUUUGAAAUGUGGGUACUUAACGGAAGCUCGAGUUUUGUUUGAGAGAAAUGAGAGUAAGAAUGUGGUGUCUUGGAAUGCUUUCAUAGGAGGUUAUUCUAGACAAGGGGAUGUUAGUGGAGCAUUUGAUCUUUUGCAAAAAAUGCAGAUGAAGGAGAAGGUGAAUGAGGUCACCCUCUUAAAUGUGUUACCGGUUUUUUUAGAGGAGUCGGAACUUUUGAGCUUGAAAGAGCUUCAUGGUUACUCAUUCAGACAUGGGUUUCAAGAUGAUGAGCUGGUAGCCAAUGCUUUUGUUGCAGCCUAUGCGAAAUGUGGGUCACUGAGUUCUGCUGAGCAGGUGUUUUAUGGUAUCGAGACGAAGACAGUGAGCUCCUGGAAUGCAGUUAUUGGUGGCCAUGCCCAGAAUGGAGAUCCAAAAAAGGCUUUAGAUUUGUACCUUCAAAUGAAACAAUCAGGUUUGGAUCCUGACAAGUUUAGCAUUGGUAGCCUCCUUUUAGCUUGUGCCCACCUCAAAUUUCUUCAAUAUGGUAAAGAGAUUCAUGGGUUUGUGCUACGUAAUGGGUUAGAGUUGGAUUCAUUUAUUGGUAUUUCAUUACUGUCCUUUUACAUCCAAUGUGGUAAACUAUCGACGGCAAGAGCAUUAUUUGAUAGGAUGGAAGAUAAAAUUCCAGUGUCAUGGAAUGCAAUAAUCUCUGGUUACUCUCAGAUUGGACUUCCUGAUGAAGCCCUCGAUCUCUUUCGACUAAUGCUGUCUAAUGGAAUCCUACCUGGUGAAAUAGCCACAAUGAGUGCACUGGGGGCUUGUUCACAACUGUCAGCUCUGCGUCUAGGGAAAGAACUGCAUUGUUUUGCUUUGAAAGCACGCCUUACACUAGACCUGUUUGUUGGUUGUUCUCUCAUAGAUAUGUAUGCAAAAAGUGGCUGCAUAGAACAAUCUCACAGGGCAUUUGACAGUUUAACAAAGAAAGAUGUGGCAUCAUGGAAUGUUAUAAUUGCAGGGUAUGGAAUUCAUGGACAUGGAAACAAGGCUUUGGAGCUAUUUGGAGAAAUGAUAAGUUUGGGGCAUAAGCCUGAUGUCUUUACAUUUCUUGGAAUUCUAACUGCAUGUAACCAUGCUGGGCUUGUUAAAAAUGGGCUAAAAUAUUUCAAAGAGAUGCAAAGUUUAUAUGGAAUAGAGCCGAAGUUAGAGCAUUAUGCAUGUGUAGUAGACAUGCUGGGUAGGGCUGGUCAAUUGGAGGAAGCUCUAAACCUGAUAGAUAACAUGCCUGAAGAACCAGAUACUAGAAUUUGGAGUUCAUUGCUUAGUUCCUGUAGGAAUUAUAAUGAUUUGGGAAUGGGACAGAAAAUUGCUGAAAAAUUACUAGAAUUGGAGCCCGGAAAGGCAGAGAAUUAUGUCCUACUGUCGAACUUAUAUGCUGCAUCAGGGAAUUGGGAUGAUGUGAGAUGGGUCCGGCAAAGGAUGAAGGAGAUUGGCCUUCAGAAAGAAGCUGGCCGCAGUUGGAUUGAAAUUGGAGGGCAAGUGUAUAACUUUGUUGCUGGUGACAAUUCUCUGCCAGAGUCGGCGGAGAUUAGGAAGAUGUGGACAAAAGUAGAGGAAAGAAUAAGUAAACUCGGAUAUACACCCAACACAGAUUCUGUGCUUCAUGAAGUGGACUAUACAGAGAAGAUUGAAAUAUUGAGGGGGCAUAGUGAAAAGCUUGCAAUUUCAUUUGGAUUGUUAAAGAUGAAAAAAGGUGCUACACUGAGAGUCUGUAAAAAUCUGCGCAUCUGCAUUGAUUGUCACAAUGCUGCUAAGUUGAUAUCGAAGGCUGUUGAAACGGAGAUAAUUGUGAGAGACAACAAGCGCUUCCAUCAUUUCAAAGAUGGCCUCUGUUCUUGUGGAGAUUAUUGGUAAAUCAACAAGGAGUUCAGAAGUUCGUAGGGCAGAUCAUAUCAAAGGUAUCAGAGCAUUAGAACUGAUUGCUGCAGCCUGCAGCUUUCUGACAUCUCUUUACAUAUAUGUACGUCAUGUAAGUGAAAACCAAAACUAUUUCCGAUUUGAAAUAGAAGCCACUACACUUUUUGUUACUGCUUAGUUCUGAUCACUUGUCUCUGUGUUUAACUGUGACUUAAAAUAAAUGAAUCACAUAGAAAAUUGGUCUUCGUCUGACAAUAGAAGUAGAAAAGUUCACAUCAGUAGAAAUGGCAAUCAACAAAAGGGAGUGUUACAAAGGAUUUGAGGUUCUGAGGAGAAUCCACAGAGCUAACAUUAUUGUACUAUACACUUAUUCUCAUAAUUCAUCAUCACUUUCUUUUUUAUUUGCUCUGCAUUGGUUUUUAUUAUUAUUUUUCUUCUUCUUUAAGCAUGGAAGUAGUUACAAAAUAUUAUUACAAGCCAGGACAGUGCAUAGAUGAAGCAGGUAGUACAUUUGAACCAGACAGGAAAUGGGACUGAAAUAGAUAUGAAGACCGCAGUCACUCCGAAGAAGACACCACAUUGCUGGAGCACCUGAGCUAUUUCUGGACAGCUGGAAUGAAUGAAUAUGCUUAUGAAAACAGAAGUAAAUGCAAAUAAGAUUGCAAGCGCGAGAAAGUAAAAAACCAUAGGGAGCGGGGAGAGAAGCUGGGCAGAUAUGAGAGCUAUAUCAAUGGCUGAUGCCGAGCAAAAUACCACAAUUAUCUUUGCAGAAUCAAAGUUGUGGUGAUUAGCUACUUCAACAAUUGCUUCUUGGUCAGGACCAGCAAUGUGCCCAAUCUUCUGGAGUAGUGGGAUCAUUUUUGUAAGGAAUGACUUUGCAGAGUUCAUUGUUCCUAAUUUAUGCCAAAAUGAAAAAACUUUAGGCUGCUUGCUGGUGUUAGUCAAAGCCAGAGAAGAUGGACAAAUUCCUGUACUACUGAAUGGUAAGGAGAAGAUGUAUAUAUAGGUAAUGAUUAAUUAAACAUAGGCCGUCUUUGAGCGGUCGAUUAUUCCAAUGGUUCUAAGUGGGUUUCCAAUGGUUCUAAUGUGGGUGUUAUGCUUUCGAUGGGGCCAACGUAGUAUCAG